CCUAAUCCCGAAGAACUUUCUCUUGAUAUAGAUUGUGAAGGCUUUCAGGAAGAGCGCACAAAGGGAAAAUUAGCAAUUGCCAAAAAAAAUAGACUGGAUACAUUGAAUACUCGAAAAGAGGCUUAUGAGAA